UACACUCAACACGGUAUGCCAGUGACAGAGAGUUACGGAAUAUGCACAGCGGGCAACUACAGAAAUGCGACCGACAACACGUGUUACCCAUGUCCUGUUGGGCAAUAUCAACCUCAGGACCUCCAAGAUCAGUGUUUGUCUUGCAACAGCAGCUACAGCACCAGCGGCACCGGCACCGUGAACGCCACUGGAUGUAUCUUCUUCUGUCCCGAUGGCUAUGACCUGAAAACACCUGGCACCACGACCUGCACCCUUUGCCCCCGAGGAACCUACCGCUCCAACACAGACCUUCUCAGAUUUAAAACAUGCCAACCUUGUGCUGACAGCACAAAAUCAACAGACAACGUCGGAUCUAAACUAGCCUCUGAUUGUAAAAUCACGUCUCACGUGGUUCUACCUGAAGCUUUCACAGAAGUCGUGGUCGGUGCUCUGCUGUUGAUCGCCCUGGCCGUAUGUUGUUACUGCGCGCGCCGGUACAUUGUGAGCCAAAGACAGCACCACAAGAGGAGACACAUGAGUCCACCAUCACAGCCACACCCAGAUGACAGGGACUGGCGACCUGUACCGCCCACCGCCUGCAGACGGUCGGCAACCAGCGGGUCGGCAAAUCAAUCGGAGCCUUCUGUCGUGUCUCACGACUAUUCUACCUUCACCUCCACUCCGGGCACUGACGAGCAUGUGUACGAGCAUAUCUAUGAGACGAUACCGCUCUAAUACAUCCCGAUAUUUUGCACUUCCACGCACCAUUCGUGAGCAGUGAAAUAUGAAUGACGUGUGUUACCUGCCAAUAACCAACCAAACAACGAGUUAAUCAAAACAUCUAUAUGUUACUAGUAGAGAAACAUAAUAACAACAAAGAAAUGUUGUACAAUCAAUAAAUGGAUUUUACAAUUGU